AUGGAUCUGUCAGGUACCCCUAGCCCACAGGCCCCUGAGGAUCUCGUAGUGAGGUUCAUGCCCCCCUUGUCUCACGAGAGACAGCGCUGGAUUCUCGAAACGCUUCGUCAGCAUCGUGCACGCUCGGUCUUGGAUAUCGGAUGUGGUGAAGAGCCUGGGCGGGACCUGGACUUGACUCGUGUGUCUGCUCUUGACAUCGACCCUGAUGUUAUCCAAGAGGCUGCACAUGCCGCAAUCGAUGAACGUAAGCCACACUAUCUUGCACCAUGGGGUUCAGGCGAAGAUGGAUGGUACAUUCGCUGGGCACAGUUAGAGGUGGCGGUGUGGCUAGGGCGCCUGCAGGACAUCAAUCCCACCUUUUAUGAAUUCGAUGCCAUCGUUUCAACCGAGGUGAUCGAACAUGUCCCAGAAGACGUGCUUCCUGCGUUCUCGGACGUACUGCUGGGAACAUACCUACCCCGGCUCCUACUCCUUACGACACCCAACUACACUUUUAAUGCCCGCUUUCAUCCGCCCGGAGUCCCACGCAAAGGCUUCCUGGAUCCCACAGGGCAAACCACGCGCGUGUUCCGACAUGACGACCAUAAGCGCGAAUGGACAGUUGACGAAUUCGAUACGUGGUGUCGCCAGGCGGCAGAGAAGCACGGAUACGAUUAUACGCUUGGCGGAGUGGGUGUUCCGACGGAGCGAGACCCGUACAAUCGUGAUUUGGGUUACGCAUCGCAAACCGCCCUCUUCAUUCGGCGCGAUGUUCACAUACCGACAUUGGACCGACUUUCCCUCGACGACUCGCAGUCUGCGCAUCAACUCAUUGCUGAACGUACUUUUCCUUCUGACUCUCGUGCUGGACAUCCCAUGCCCAAUAGCGAGAUUAGGAGUGCGCUUGUGUAUUUGAUGAAUAUGCGGGGGGAGGGAGAGCUUACGUUUUCGGAACUUUGGUCCGAACUUGCUAUGCCGUCCGGGGGUUCCAUGGGUGCACUCGAGAACGCUCUGAUGGAACAGGGAGAAACCACUGAAGGAGAUACUGUUGGGCAAUGGUCUAUAGCGCCACCCCGAAAUGCGAAUGCAUAUACUGAUCCUAAGUGGGAUCGAGUUGUCGUAUGGAAAGACUUUCAAUUGGAGCCUUUACGCAACGAAGACCAGGAUACGGGAUACGGGGACGAGGAAUAUGAUGAAGAGGGGUAUGAGUAUGGGGGCGAGGAGGAAUACGAAGGCGAUGAGGAUCAUCACUGGGAGGUCACUAAUUCCAUGCGUGAUCCCAUUCCAGAUGGUUGGACCAUGCCUGUCACCGUGAACGCAGAGUGGAAUGCAGAUCCGAACGAUCCCGCAUCUGUGUGGGGAGAAGCAACCGUGGAUGAAGCAGCAGCAACUAUUUGGGGAACUAGCGAGCCCAAAGAGCCAGCAUCAAGGCAUUGA